AUGGCGGCGCGGCUGCUGCGGGCUGCUUUGUCCCAGUUCGUCCCGUCAGUUCCCAGUUUGUCCCAGUUCGUCCCCAGUCGUUCCCAGUCGUCCCCACGGAGCCCCCGAUGUCCCCCCCCCGGGAGCUGCAGACGCUGCGGCUGCGGCGCGAGCGGCCCGCACGUGCUGCACCUGCAGCUGCACCGGCCCGGCAAGCGCAACGCCAUCGACCUGCGCUGCUGGAGGGAGCUGGUGCAGUGCUUCCAGGACAUCUCCGAGGAUCCCUCGUGCCGCGCCGUCGUCAUCUCCGGGGCCGGCAGCGCCUUCACCGCCGGCAUCGACCUGUCAGACCUGGGCUCGCUGCUGGCCCAGCUGCCCCAGGAGGACGCGGCGCGCCGGGCAUGGGCGCUGCGCCGGCGCAUCCUGGAGUUCCAGGAGAGCUUCUCCGUCAUGGAGAGGUGCCCCAAACCUGUGAUCGCCGCCGUGCACGGGCCCUGCAUCGGAGCCGGCGUGGAUCUGAUCUCGGCCUGUGACAUUCGCUUCUGCUCCCAGGACGCCUCCUUCCAGGUCAAGGAGGUGGACAUGGGGCUGGCGGCCGACGUGGGGACCCUGCAGCGCCUCCCCAAAAUCGUGGGGAGCCAGAGCCUGGUGAACGAGCUGGCUUUCACCGCCCGCGUCAUGAGAGCCCCGGAGGCGCUGAGCUGCGGCCUCGUCAGCCGGGUGCUGCCCGACAAGGCCACGCUGCUGCAGGUGGCCCUGGAGGUGGCCGCGGCCAUCGCCGCGCGCAGCCCCGUGGCCGUGCAGGGCACCAAGAUCAACCUGGUGUUCUCCCGCGAGCGGCCGGUCAGCGAGGGGCUGCAGCACGUGGCCACGUGGAACAUGGCCAUGCUGCAGACCGAGGACAUCCCCAAGUCGGUGCAGGCGGCCCUGGAGAAGAAGGGCCCCGAGGACGUGCCCUUCGCCAAGCUCUGAUGUCACCUGAGUGCCACCUGAAUGUCCCCAACGUGCCCUUCGCCAAGCUCUGAUGUCACCUGAGUGUCACCUGAGUGUCACCUCAGUGUCACCAACGUGCCCUUCGCCAAGCUCUGAUGUCACCUGAGUGCCACCUGAGUGUCACCUCAGUGUCACCAACGUGCCCUUCGCCAAGCUCUGAUGUCACCUGAGUGUCACCUGAGUGUCACCUGAGUGUCCCCAACGUGCCCUUCGCCAAGCUCUGAUGUCACCUGAGUGCCACCUGAGUGUCACCUGAGUGUCCCCCAACGUGCCCUUCGCCAAGCUCUGAUGUCACCGAGGUCACCUCAGUGCCACCAAGGUCACCUAAGUGCCACCAACGUCCCCUUUUCCCAAGCUCUGAUGUCACCCCCGGUGCCACCAGUGCCACCCCAGUGCCACCAAGGUCCCCUUCCCCAACCACUUCGGUGUCCCCAAUGUCCCCUUGGUGUCCCCAAUGUCCCCUCCCCGUCUCUGGGGCCACCUCAGUGUCCCCAAUAAAUUCCUUUGUCCCCAGA